UGUCAGAAUGUGUGGUUUUGAUAUUCUUUUCAGGAUCUGUUGAUCCUGUUGGGUCUGGAUAGCAACAUAAUUAUGCUGGUGGGAAAAGUAAAAAGGCAAAUUUAUUUUGCUUUGGUUUUCUUUAUUAAGAAAUAAGAUUUUGUAAAAUGUUUAUUAAUCACUGCCUUAAAUUGUGUGGUUCUGUGAAUGUGUGUAUGUAUGUAUGGUAAAAUAGUUAAAUUUUUUCAAUUGAUGUUUGAUAAAUAUUAAGCUUAAUAUUGGAAAAAUGAAAAAAAAAUGGUGUGGAGGUUUCUAGUCUAACAUAUGGUCAAUAAUUGUUCAAUCUCAUCAUUGUAUAAUUUAAGAUUGCAUUGAUAAAGAAGCAAGCAAGUUAAUUGGCUUCAAUCCUCUUCUUAUGCCCUGGGAUUGGUUUCACCUUGCCCCUCCUACAAUGUAUCUGCUAACAUUGGGGAGUGCAGCUAGGGCGUGACCAUCCUGGUGUUUAUCAAUUGUGAAGGCAGAAGGGAAAAAUCAGAGUCUGCUUAGUCAGAGAAAUGACAAUGGAUCCCAAAUACCAGAAGAAAGUGAAGCUUAAUGAUGGCCACUUCAUUCCUGUUCUGGGAUUUGGCACUUACGCACCUCCAGAGGUUCCUAAGAGUGAAGCUCUGGAGGUCACCAAAUUUGCUAUAGAGGUUGGAUUUCGUCAUAUUGACAGUGCUCAUUUGUACCAAAAUGAAGAGCAGGUUGGCCAGGCCAUUCGAAGCAAGAUUGCAGAUGGCACUGUGAAGAGAGAAGACAUAUUCUACACUUCAAAGGUUUGGUCCACUUUCCUUCGACCAGAGUUGGUCCGACCAGCCUUGGAAAAGUCACUGAAAGAUCUUCAACUGGACUAUGUCGAUCUCUAUGUUAUUCAUUAUCCAAUGCCUCUGGUGCCAGGGGAGACACUUUUCCCAACAGAUGAAAAUGGAAAACCGAUAUAUGAUUCAGUGGAUCUCUGUCGCACGUGGGAGGCCCUGGAGAAGUGUAAGGACGCAGGGCUGACCAAGUCCAUCGGGGUGUCCAACUUCAACCACAAGCAGCUGGAGAAGAUUCUGAACAAGCCAGGGCUCAAGUACAAGCCUGUCUGCAACCAGGUGGAAUGUCACCCUUAUCUCAACCAGAGCAAGCUGCUGGAGUUCUGCAAGUCACACGAUAUUGUCCUGGUUGCCUAUGGUGCUCUGGGGGCCCAGCGGACAUUACAAUGGAUGAACCCGAGCCUUCCCUUUCUCUUGGAGGACCCAGUUCUCUCUGCCAUUGCCAAAAAGCACAAGCAAACCCCAGCUCUGGUUGCCCUUCGCUACCAGAUACAACGUGGGGUUGUGGUUCUGGCCAAGAGUUACAACAAGAAGCGGAUCAAAGAGAACAUACAGGUGUUUGACUUUGAACUGACUCUGGAAAACAUGAAAGCAAUCGAUGGCCUCAACAGCAAUAUAAGAUACUAUGAUUUUCAACAGGCAGUUGAUCACCCUGAGUAUCCAUAUUCUGAAGAAUAUUGACUGUGAGCUAUCCACCAGGCAUUACACCAGAACUUCUUUUCCAGGGUUGUGAAGAGCAUUUCUGUACUUGGUGGAGAUGUUUAAAAAAAGAGUAUGAGCUUUUGAAACUUGUUUAUCAUUAAAAAAAAUUUUAUGAAAUAAAGAUGACUUCAAAUGUGAA